GAAGAUUCGGUUGCUUCAGUUGAUGACAUAGGAGAUUCCACAAGCGAGGAAUCUGAAGAUUUUUCUUUAGUAGAAUUUAACAGCUAUGAGAUUAAAAAUAAAAUCUCAAACGAUAACAUACAAAAUGAAAAAUUAGAUCCACAAGAUUUACUUUCUAAUGGCAUAGUUAAUCAUACUUUUUUACAAAAGUACCAUAAGCGAUUGUUUGAUCUCAUUAUGGAUCAAGACUGUUUGAACGAAUUAAUGUGGAAUAAAGCUGAACGACGCCAGUAUAAAACGAGUAGAGAGGACGCCAAAAAAUUUUAUAAUUGCCUAGAAAUGUUUUUGACCCAACUGGAAUAUGUGUGGGAACUACCUUUAUAUAGACAAAAAUCUCCAAAAAUUACCGAAUAUUCAUAUUCGCACCAAGUAGUUAAAUCCAUUUGUGAUUUACUAUUGUAUAACAUUAAGGGGAUCGAUGUCGAAUAUAAUGGGCCAUCUGAAUCUACCCAAAAUCGGAACGGAGGACAGUCUGGGCCAACACAUUGCCCAGACUUAAUGGUAUCUAAGAGUUUUAGAUCACCUAAUCAUAAAUGGGAAUUCAUGUUUUGUGAAAUAAGCUAUGGUCCAUAUUCAUUUAAUUGGAAACAUUAUUGGAAAGAUGAAUUACGACUCGGAAAAUUUUCGAAAGACUCUUAUGAAACCGUUUUAUCGAAUGCGCCUGGUAAAGUCAUUAGAGAUACCACUUAUAAACAGCAAAGAACGAAAGACAAUACGGAUGUUGAUAUUUUUAGAAGAAUUCAAUCUAUUAAUCAAUUGUUACUCGAAAAGAACAGUCCUACCACUCCUCCAAAUCUAGUAGAUUGUGAUAACUUACUUCCGACAUUUAUAACACCUGAUGGGCCAGUUUAUUAA